AUGGCCGAUAUUGAGUAUUUGAAGAGCCUCGAGGCCGUGCGCGAGAGAGCUCACCUGGUCCUGGGCGCUGCCGAGAAGGACGAGCUCGCUCAUUUCAGCUACGAUGCGGCCCGGAUGUCUGAAGCUGCGGAGUUUGUGACCAGUGUCAUUACUCGAGACUUCGGCCCGGACCGAUUUGACCAGAUUCCCCCGCACGGCCGAUGGCAACACUUCGACGUUGGUGGUGUUUCUCGCGUUGACAACCUGAUCAGGCAAUGGACGGAUAAGGGGCUGGCCACGCUUGAAAUAACGCGUCGUUUGGUAGACCUUUUCUUUGUCUCGGUUCUGCUAGAUGCUGGAGCUGGCGAUGUCUGGAAAUUCACCGAGCCGAAUACUGAUCAGGCGUACGGUAGAAGUGAAGGCAUUGCUGUUGCAGCCUUGUACAUGUUCAGAGACGGUGCUUUUUCAAGCAGUGCGGGAGAUGACGUUGAGUUUGUCGAUGGACACGCUCUACUCGCUCUCGACACUGCUAGAUUUGAGCGGCAUUUUCAAAUCACGGGCGAGAACCCCCUCGUCGGAGCGGCCUCUCGCGUCAGCCUCUUAAACAGCGUAGGCUCUUCUCUCCUGAGUCUUCCGAAAUUCUUCGGGGCGAAUGGUCGACCAGGGCAACUCGUCGAUUAUUUGGUGCAGCAGGCCGAUCAAUCGCAGCAUUUGGACUUCCUUAUGCUCUGGACCAUCUUACAGGAGACACUCCUGCCUGCGUGGCCUAAAAACCGCACCCGAAUUGCGGAUGUUCCAAUUGGCGAUGCCUGGCCCCUCCAGGUUCUCUCGAAGCUCAGUUCGGGGAAGCCAAGUGAAAAUGGAACAUUGCACAUUGCACCGUUCCACAAGUUGACCCAGUGGCUGGCAUAUUCACUUACGGUGCCUUUCAUGCGUGUACUCGGCCUGCAGUGGGAAAAUUUGGAAAAGGGCACAGGCCUUCCUGAGUAUAGAAAUGGCGGCUUAUUUGUGGAUCUCGGCAUUCUCAAGCUCAAGGAAGAAACGUUGAAGGCAGGGUUGGCCUCAUCCGAAAAAGAGCUGCCAAGCUAUGAAGCCACCAGCGAUGUGAUCGUCGAGUGGAGGGCAAUGACUGUAGCGUUGCUGGAUAAGCUCCAUGAGCUUGUGAGUGCUCGUUUCGCGGGCCAGGGGGUCAGCUUGAGCAUGCCACAAAUGCUGGAAGCUGGUUCUUGGAAAGGAGGUCGGGAGCUGGCAGCGAAGUUUCGCCCCGACACGAAAUCAAGCCCGAUUUUGAUAGAAGGCGACGGUACAUUGUUCUAG